CCCGUGAACGCGCACAUGGGGGCCCCUGACGUCACCGAGGCGCCCUGGCUCUCCUGAGCCGCGCUGCUAUUGCUGCUGGCAGAAAGAUGGGGAAAAUACGAUAACCGUUCAUCGACAAAAUCAGCCUAACAUGUUCACUUCUGCCCGUUCGAAGACGGACUAAGCCCUGGCACGGGUCAGAGCUUCGCCAGACAACGACGAAAGGUUGGGGUUAAUAUUUAUCCUGGAAAAGUGUGUUCACGUCAUCGGCUCUUAAAGGAGAAAAAACAACAAAUUUGAUCGUGCCGUGAAUGUUUUUUUCUUCGUCAUCAGUUGAAAGCAGGAUCGUCACGAGUCCAUCCAGCUGUUAGGAGGCCGAAGCACAAAAUCUGAAAGGAAAUACCGCCGUGUGCUUGAGGUGGUUCCGCAGUUCUGCUGGCGGCUCCGGUUUUCUGCGGAGCAGAAGAUGUACGGUAGCGCUCGCUCCGUUGGCAGAGGGGACGCCAACCACAGCGGAGGAAGAGAUGGAAGUGGCGUCAGCAAUCAGGGGUCGGGUCGUUCGCCCCGCCUGCCCCGCUCCCCUCGGAUGGGACACCGGCGCACCAACAGCACUGGCGGCAGCGGAGGAGGACCCGGCGGAGCCGGAGGCAAAACCUUGUCCAUGGAGAACAUCCAGUCCCUCAACGCCGCGUACGCCACCUCCGGACCGAUGUACCUGAGUGAUAAUGAGGUCGCCGUGGCGGGUGACCACAUCCCUAAAAGCGGCGUUACGGUGACCGCCACAGGGAGGCAGAGGGUGACUUACGGGUCUAGAAGCAGYGGUGGAGUUGUAGCAGCUAGCACUCCAAAUAUCUCCACCACCGUGCCUGCUAACGCAGUGCUGCCAGCAGGCAUGAUGGCGGGGGACGCCCUAGCUUUUGGGGACCACCACAUGGCGUCCACGGUCCCCCAUUCUCUAAGGCAGGCCAGAGACAACACCAUACUUGACCUGCAGGCCCAACUCAAAGAGGUUCUGAGGGAGAACGAAAUGCUGCGGCGCGAAGUGGAAGUCAAGGAAAGCAAACUGAGCUCCUCCAUGAAUUCUAUUAAAACCUUCUGGAGCCCAGAGUUAAAAAAGGAGCGUGCUCUCAGGAAAGACGAGGCUUCCAAGAUCGCCGUUUGGAAGGAGCAGUACCGUGUUAUUCAAGACGAAGCACAGCAUCUGCAGAUGACCGUUCAGGCUCUUCAAGACGAGCUGAGGAUCCAGAGGGACCUGAACCAGCUGCUCCAGCAAGACCCCUCCAGCCAAGGGAGGGAUCUCGCCCUGACGUCUGAGCCCACGGAGGAGAACCACCGGCGGCUGCAGGCCGAGUACGAACGGCAGGUCAAGGAGCUGUUCCUGCUGAGGAAGACGCUGGAGGAGAUGGAGCUGAGGAUCGACACGCAGAAGCAAACUCUGGUCGCCAGAGACGAGUCCAUCAAAAAGCUCCUGGAGAUGCUGCAGAGCAAAGGGCCGUCUGCCAAAGCAUCAGAGGAGGACCAGGAGAGGACCAGGAGGCUGGCCGAUGCUGAAAUGCACAGACAUCACCUGGAGAGUUUACUGGACCAGAGAGACCGACAGAUCACUGCGCUCAGAGAGGAGCUUCAUCGUCGAUACGAAGGAACUCCUGAAUCCACCAAAACAAAGGCUUUACAGACUGUUAUAGACAUGAAGGAUGCAAAAAUCAACUCUAUGGAGCGCAACAUGAGGGACAUGGAGGAGGAGCUGCUGCUGAUGAAGUCCAACGGACUUCUGAGCUGUGAGGAGCGUCAGGAGGAGAUGAAGCAGAUGGAGGUGUACCGCAGCCACACCAAGUUCAUGAAAAACAAGAUGGAACAGGUGAAACAAGACCUCUCCAGGAAGGAUACRGAGCUGCUCGGUUUGCAGACUAAACUGGAGACGUUAACGAACCAGUUCUCAGACAGCAAGCAGCAUAUUGAAGUCCUGAAGGAAUCGCUCACUGCCAAGGAGCAGCGUGCUGCCAUCUUACAGACAGAGGUCGAUGCCUUACGUCUGCGUUUGGAAGAGAAAGAGGCGACGCUGAAUAAGAAGAGCAAGCAGAUCCAGGAAAUGUCGGAGGAGAAGGGAACCCUCAACGGGGAAAUUCACGACCUGAAGGAUAUGCUGGAAGUUAAGGAGCGCAAAAUUAAUGUGCUCCAGAAAAAGAUUGAGAACCUGCAGGAACAACUUCGGGAUAAAGAGAAGCAGAUGAGCAGCUUAAAGGAGAGAGUGAAAUCUCUGCAGGCCGACACUUCCAACACAGACACCGCCCUCACAACGCUGGAGGAGUCGCUUUCAGAAAAGGAGCGCAUCAUCGAGCGUCUAAAGGAGCAGCGAGAUCGAGACGACAGGGAGAAGACGGAGGAGCUCGACUGUUCAAAGAAGGAGCUGAAGGAGUUGAAGGAGAAGCUCAGCUUCCUGCAGGGAGACCUGUCAGACAGAGAGACGUCUCUGUUAGAUCUGAAGGAGCACGCCUCGUCCCUGGCCUCUUCAGGGCUGAAAAAAGAUGCCAAACUCAAGAGUCUGGAGAUCGUCCUAGAGCAAAGGAGGGAAGAGUGCCUAAAACUGGAGAACCAGCUAAAGAGAGCUCAAAAUGCAGCACUGGAAGCUCAGGCCAACACAGAGCUGGCCGAACGCAUCAGGCAUCUGGAGCAAGAGGUGGCCCGUCACAAGGAGGAUUCUGGGAAGGCCCAGGCUGAGGUGGACCGCCUCCUUGAGAUACUUCGAGAAAUGGAGAAUGAGAAGAACGACAAGGACAAAAAGAUAAAUGAGCUUGAAAGCUUGGCCUCCAGGCAGAUGAAGGACCAGACGAAAAAGGUGGCGUCACUGAAGCACAAGGAGCAGGUGGAGAAGAGCCGCAAYGCUCGGCUGAUGGAGGAGGCCAGGAAGAGGGAGGACAACAUGUCCGAGUCGUCACAGCAGGUCAAGGACACUCUGCGUCAGAAGUCCGAGCGCAUCGAGGAGCUGGAGGAGGCUCUGAGGGAGAGCGUUCAGAUCACUGCUGAACGAGAGAUGGUGCUGGCACAAGAGGAGGCAGCUCGCUCACUGCAGGAGAAACAGAUGGAGGAGCUGCUGGGCGCCAUGGAGAAGGUGAAGCAGGAGCUGGAGUCCAUGAGGGCCAAGCUGGCGUCUACCCAGCAGUCUCUGUGUGAGAAAGAAGCCCACCUUACAACUCUGAGAGCUGAGCGCAGGAAACACCUGGAGGAGGUGCUGGAGAUGAAGCAGGAGGCUCUUCUGGCCGCCAUCAGCGAGAAGGACGCUAACAUUGCCCUGCUGGAGCUGUCCUCCUCGAAGAAGAAGAAGACCCAGGAAGAGGUGGCUCAGCUGAAGAGGGAGAAGGACCGACUGGUGCAGCAGCUCAAGCAGCAGACUCAGAACAGGAUGAAGCUGAUGGCCGACAACUAUGAAGACGACCACCUGAGGACGGCGCCCRGCCAGACGAAUCACAAACCCUCUCCAGAUCAGAUGAUACCCCCUCUUCUAGCCUUGUCCCAGAACCGCAGCAAACUCAAACUCUACAUCGCCCACCUGACAGACCUCUGCCACAACCGAGACCCCGGCAUCCUCAGCCAGCUCACGCCACCGUCUCAUUACCACCACAGCGACCCCGAAGACUGGGAGGAGGAGCUUCAGAAAAUGAGCGUCCAACAGUUGGAGCGGGAGCUGGAGGUGUGUGAGAAGGAGAGCGGGGAGCUGCAGGAGUACGCCAACUCGGUUCUCCAGCAGAUUGCAGACUACUGCCCAGAUAUCCUGGAACAGGUCGUCAACGCCCUGGAGGAGUCAUGCUGACCAAUAACCCAGGCUGAGCCCAGAAACCUUUACCUCCCUUCUSUAGGAGAAACUGCUGGGGCAUUUCUUAUUUUUUUAAUUUUCAUUUCAUCYGGUUUGACUCCUCCUUCUCUGCGUCCUUACACACCCUGCAACAAACUUUUCAGGACCACGAGUGCUUUUUGGUCUCGCAGACRCAACUUAUUCUCACAGAUAAAUUAAAGACAAAGCCUCAUUUAGAUUAGAAAUUGMCUUUCAGGUUAAAAUUGGUACAUUUGUUCUGUUCAUGGGACAGAAAAGCACUUCUUGUCUUGAUAGUUUUGGGGAGCUGCUACAUCUAAAGGGAGCAGGAAGGAGCAUCACUAGUAACACCAUCUAAACGCCACUUUUAACCCAAAUGAGUGCAACACUCUAACUGGGCUGUAGGUACGUGACUGGGUCGAUGGUAUUGGAGGGGGGAUCGAGGUUCAACCUUUGAUCGAAGAUCAGAUUUGAGUUAUUUUCUCAAUAAGUGAGAGGAUUUAUAGUUUUUAAUGGUAUUAUUUCCAAAUGGUUUUGCACACAACAUCCACUUGUUUAAGAUGUAUGCAAUGUUUCUUUUGAGAACGUUCUCGUGGCCUUGGAGCAUGCACAGAGAUCAGUACUGGACCUAACGCAGGGAUCUUUAUUUCUCUGGAAUCCUGGUGCUAUGGCAUGAUGUAAGAAUUUAACUGAUCCUCAUCCAAAGUUUCUAUAAGAGUUACUUAAAGCCCACAUUGUUUUUGUUUUGUUUUUAUUUACUAAAUCAAAAAAAAAAAAACACACUCCUUCUGUUCUGUAUUUUCAGACGCCUCUGUUAUUUUAUUUUUUUAAUAUUCAGGGCUUGCGUUUUUAAUUACCAAGUGCAUUGACAUUUACAGAAAAUGAAAGUCACUUUUUGGCAGGUUUUGACUUUGUAAAUAACAUAUUUAACACGUACAGUAAUUGAUUAAAGGUGAUUAUGUGGAAGGUGAUGUGCAUUCUUAAAAACAAAAAAAACUGAUAAGUUCAACACAGUGCAGUCGUCUUUUGUGUCUAAUUUUGUCUUUGGACAAAAUGUGUGUGCGUGACAGUACUGUCAAAACUCGCAGAAAGUCUAUGUUCUAUGGAGAUAUAUAAAUAGAUAAAUAUGAUAUACUAUUGAAAAAGUUUUACUGUAUCAAUAUGCAUCGAAUGUUUGCACAGAAUCUCUUAAGAGCGAGUUGCUCUGAACCGUACGAGUGUUCUAAACAGAUGGGGAAAAAUAAAUUAAAAAUGUGUCAAAAWAUGUAAAAUUACAGAUGUUUCAAACGGUGACUGUGUGACGGAGGAGUACUUUGUUGCUUUUAUUUCUGGUAGUCUUGUUUUUAAUAUUUAUAUGGAAUGGUGACGUUAUCCUGAGAUUCCCAGGUUUGUUUCUUGAGUGAUUUUUUUUUCUUUUGAUGGAUAUAAAGUCUAACUAUCAUGACCCUCUUGUUGUAAGAUAAAAUGGAUUUUAGUAUAGCUCUAAAAAUACCAUUUAUUUCACAUUAAGAUACAUUUAAAGGGUGUCAGAUUAAGAACCAAAGACACAGCUGGUUGUUGUGCUUUUCUGUCAGGCAGAGCCGGAGGCAAUUCACUCCUCACAGCUGGCCUCAGAAUAAAAAAAUAAAAAUCAUAAGUGUUUUAUUCCCCUUUACUUCAGCCUGUGUCCCGUCCCCUGCCUUAACGUCUCUUCUUUUUCCUCGACUCUUUAUUGGGGAGCACACAGCUGACUAAAAGGGCCUCAGUCGACUUUAUUGUACGUUUCUGCUCUUUUAAGUUUGUAUUUAAAAAAAAAAAAAGUACUGCCGUCUGUCUGUUCUUGUCAAGAAUCAAACUGUUUAAAAAAAGAAAGCAAAACAAAGUGUCGGUCAUUUGAAUUUUCUAUGUAUGUAAAUAAAUAAAUUAAAAGCCUU